GCCUUUUCAGACAAAAAAGGAUGAAGCUUUUUCUGAGAAGUGCUUCCAAAACCUUAAACCCUAAGAGCAAACUGGCGACGACGAUUCUUCCUUUCCAUCUAAUUCUCGUUAAACCCUUCUCUCAGUCCACCACCAUUCCCAGAAAACAGGAUCGAGUUCGUGACCAUGGCUACGACAACUACAUGGAAGUCGAGAAGAAAAUCCGUAAAGUCAUCAAAUUUCACAGCUUGAUUCUCUCUCAACCCAACAACACAAUCGCAAUCUCUCUUCUAGACACGCUCGCUCGUCGUCUAGGUCUCGGCUUCAAGCAACACGAACCAGGUGCUUUCCUCCUCAAAUUCCCACACGUAUUCGAGAUUUACGAGCACCCAGUUCAAAGAAUCCUCUACUGUCGAUUAACCCGUAAAGCUUUGGAUCAAAUCCGUCACGAGCACGAAGCUGUUCUCGCCCAAAUACCCGAUGUCGUGACCCGGUUGCGGAAACUCGUUAUGAUGUCGAAUACGGGUCGGAUCCGUCUUGAACAUGUCAGGAUUGCUCGGACUGAGUUUGGACUCCCUGAAGAUUUCGAGUACUCUGUGAUUCUGAAACAUCCACAGUUCUUUAGGCUCAUUGAUGCUGAAGAGACUCGAGAUAAGUACAUUGAGAUUGUGGAAAAGGAUCCUAAUUUAUCGAUUUGUGCAAUAGAGAGAGUUAGAGAGAUUGAGUAUAGAUCAAAGGGAAUUGAUGCAGAGGAUGUUCGAUUCUCAUUCGUUGUGAAUUUUCCUCCUGGAUUUAAGAUUGGAAAGUAUUUUCGAAUUGCUGUUUGGAAAUGGCAGAGGCUUCCUUAUUGGUCACCCUAUGAGGAUAUUUCGGGUUACGAUUUGAGAUCGAUGGAAGCCCAGAAUAGAUUAGAGAAGAGAGCUGUUGCUUGUAUCCAUGAAUUGCUUUCGUUGACUGUGGAGAAGAAGAUCACUCUUGAGAGAAUUGCUCAUUUUAGGAAUGUUAUGAAUUUGCCUAAGAAAUUGAAAGAGUUUCUUCUGCAACAUCAGGGGAUAUUUUACAUAUCGACUCGUGGGAAUUACGGGAAGCUUCAUACGGUGUUUCUUAGAGAGGCGUAUAAGAGAGGGGAAUUGGUUGUACCAAAUGAUGUGUAUUUAGCUAGGAGGAGAUUAGCUGAGCUUGUGUUGAUGAGUCCUAGAAAGGCUAAGGUUGAUGCAGAGUUGGUUAGCUAUAGAAAUGGAUUGGAUGAUGAAGAUGAUGUCGAAUGAACAUACGAUUUUCUUGACUGUUGUUCCAUCUACACUCUUGUUCUCUGGGCAUUACUAUUUGUAUCCAGAAAGCUAAAAGUGGAUGAUGAUGAUGAUGAGGAAGAUUGUGAAAAGGUGCUUCUUCACUUGGAUGGCUUAAUGAUUGUGAAGCUCACUCAUUGUUCUGUGACAGUUUGAACCGAAGAAAGAUGCCAACAAGAUUGCUUACUUCAGCUGCAAGAUAUGCUUUGGCUCUCCUCUUUCUCAUCAGCAAUAUUCCUUAACCCGAUUCUUGAUUUUCGCAGAUACUAAGAAACAACCUGGAAUAUUUUUUCCUCAAGUCCCCUAUGGUUUAAGCCAAGAAUCCCUAUUACCUGUCUACUCAUUGCAAACCAAAUAAAAAAGGUUUCUUUGCUUGUGCAAAAACCCAUAUGCAUCAACAAAAAGACAUUUCAUUUUUUGUAAUAAAUAUCUUUCAACUCGUAAAUGUCUUGGCCU